AUUGAGUCGGAUGUCGAAGGCAGUCAUUGAGGGAAUAGUAUUCGGUCUACGAUGACACUUGGUAGGCGAAAUAACGUUAAAAAGGCUCUGUCCGAUAAAGAUUUGUCGAAAAAUAAUACGUGGUUGGCCUCUAUGGUGAAAAAAGGACAAGCUUGUGCCAUAUUCGAUUUAAGAUCACCAGAGGACUUCGUUAAAAGCAGAAUUAGAGGAGCCGAAAACAUUUCCGUUCCGACCUUAAUGUUAAAACGAUUAAGUAAUAAUAAAAUUGGAAUAGCUUCUGUAGUUGGAAGAUCUUUGAAACCAUCAUCUAAAGUUCUCCUAUAUGAAAACCUAUGUGCCAAUAGUGCGUUGGCAAACGUACUGAUGAGGAGAUUAACUGAGGAAGGAUUUUCCGCAUUUACGUUGAAAGGCGGUUUCCAAGAUUUUUUUACUGAAUUUCCGGAACUGUGCGAAAGAGAUGGUGAAGCUAGUCUUAGCGUAGGCUUGACCAACCUACGCAUAAGUAGUCAUUCAAUUGAUUACGAAACACCAACAAACCGUUGCGAAAAAAACGGAGGACAAGGCGAACCAUUUCCGGUUAGGGUCCUACCUAAUCUAUUCCUCGGAAACGCAUCAAAUGCAGAAGAUAGGGAAUGUUUACGAGAACACAAAAUCAGCCGAGUGGUAAAUGUUACCCGCGAUUCCCCUAAUUAUUUCGAAGAAGACGGUGACGUGGAAUACUUGAAAAUACCGAUAACAGAUCAUUGGAGUGAGAAUCUUUGUAAUUAUUUUGCGCAAGCCAUAUCUUUUAUCGACGAAGGCCGACAAAGGAAAGAAAAUGUUCUAGUACACUGCCUAGCUGGGAUAAGUCGAUCAGUUACCGUGACUGUUGCUUACCUAAUGCACAACUUGAAUCUGUCAAUGAAUGAUGCCUACGAAUUUGUUAGAAAGAUUAAACCGUCCAUCUCACCUAACUUCAACUUCAUGGGACAACUAUUAGAUUUCGAAGCCCAAUUGAAAUCAGCGAGUCCGUCAUCAAAUUCUAAUUCCAGCUCAGGUGAUUGCUCAAUAUCACCCUGCGGCUACUUUUCAACAUCACCUAUUCAAUUUAAUCGGUGA